AUGGCACAACUCAUGUCGGCCGGUUGCAGUGACGGGGCCGUCGACGACAUAAAGGCCAGAAUCCCGAUGCCGCCCUUCAUGCAUCGGGCCGCCUCGCCUGUUACCCACUCGUCCGCGAUCGCCGGCUCCGGACCCCGGGUCACCUUCAAGGAGCCGGCCUCGGUGAUCGAGUCCGGCUCCGGAUCCGGACCCGGGCCCGACUGCUCGCCGGGCAGCAGCGAACCGGGCAGUUCGCAGAACACCUCGAGCGACAGUGGCAUUGGAGCCGGUAAAGCGGCCGCCCUGCGUCAACGCCUCGUAGAGGCGGCCGCCUCAACGGUCCCAGCUCCGAGUCCGCCCACUGGCCUCGGUUCGGAUGGGGCCGACUUCCACUUUCCGGUGCUUGGCGGUUACCCGAGCCUUGGCUACCCGCGACAGACGGCCCGGAGCCCCAGACCCCUGGGCCCCGGCGCCGCGGGACCGGUCGCUUCAGCCUUACCAUCGCUCGACUGCGGCGCCAGCCUCGACAACGCUUGUCCGGAUCGUCUUCACUUCCCCGCCCGACUGACACUCGGCUCGAGUCCGGCCGGCCCGGCGCUCGGCCGGCUCGAGCCGACCUACUACAACCAGACUCCGUUCUCCGGCCGCACGACCUGCGAUGAAGCCGGCCUCGAGGACGCGGACCAAGCUGGCCAUCUGCGUCGCGCCGGCCGGACGUCAAGCUUCACGACUGCCUUUCUGCGAGGCGGACAACUCGGCGGUCAGCUCGAGCCCGAGCUCGAACUCCAACUCAGCCUCGAGCCCGAGUCCGAGUCCCGACGGAAGGGCCGGUACGGCGGUAUCUCGUGUCGUCAGGCCGUCGAGCAGGCCCGUUCCGGGGGCGCCGGCCUUGACACCGAGUCCCGCACCGGGUCAGUCGGUGAGCAGCUGGUCGGCCGAGCCGCAGACCUCCUCGUCUCGCCACCGGCUCUCUCCACCGGCGGCAUUGACUUGACUCUUCACUCAACCCUCCUCUCGGACGAGGCCAGAGAAGCGAGACUUUGCAGUCAGGUUUAA